AUGAGGCGGCUCCUUGCCCUUGCACUCUUCGAGGCCAUUUCUUGCACGAGCUUCCGCUUUGAGGCCGCGCACGCCGACUGCUGGCGUCGUGGGGAGCCACGCGACUGCUGCAGUGGAACAGAUUGCUGGGACGAUUUUUGGACCUUCGAGCGCUGCUGCCUCGGGCAGGUGGAGCUCGAGGAGGUUCCAGACAACCUCUGCCUGGGUGGGCCGGCAGGGUCGGCGGAGGAGUUACGGCUGGACCAACCUUCGCAGGCGGAUCCUUUUGUGUUCCUCUGGGAUGAGAAGUGUGGUGGCACAACAUUUAACGAAUGGCUGCUGGCGUCGGCACAUGAUAUUGAGAAGAUACACCAGACCCACAUCUCCGACUACGGCUGGCCGAACGUCAUUGGGACACCUUUCUUCCUGAAGACCUACAGCCUUGAGAAGCUUCAUUCCUUGGAGAUCUUAUCGGCCAAUGUGGACUGGAACAUCUUCCCCGUGCUGGGUUGCCGUGCGCCGGUAGGUCGCAUCUGUGAGGAGUUUGAAGCAUACCUGGACUCCAUUCGCUUCGACCGCCUCCGUUUCAGUGGAGAGGAGUAUGCUAGGGCUCUCAGGCUGGACCCUCCCUACGGACGGCUGGAGGUGGCCAAAGCCCGGCUUUCGCGCUGCGUCGUGAGCUUGCAAAAUGAAGAUUUCGAGAACCAUCUCCUGAUUCUGCGAGCCUUCUACCCCUGGCUGAAGCGCGUGAAGUUUCCAGAGGGCGAUGGGACUGCGCAGAACAUCUACAACACACAGGAGUCUGCCUUCAUCCGCGACAACCUGCCUGCACAAUAUCGUGAAGCGAUCGCCCGUUACAAUUCUGUGGACAUGGAGCUGUACCAGUUCGGCGUGGAGCGCUUCUACUGGCAAGUGGCGGAGGCUCGGAAGAUGCUGCUGCUGGCACCUCCCAGCUACGUCCAGAUGCCGGUUCUCCCACUCCGAUCCCGCGAUUGGGAGGCCAACUGGCCCUUCUUUCAGGAGCAGCUCCCAACCGCCUUCCUGAUGAGGCGGCUCGCUCGCUGUCGUAUCACUCAGCUCGUGUCCCAGUGUGGCCGGUUGGUGGGCGAGCGUACACCCGAAGGCGUCGACUACAAGUUACCACCGGCCUUGGCCGAGCAGUUCGCGCGCUUGGCCAGCGACGCCUACUAUUCCCAGAGCCCCGAACGAUUCUACACUCUUGGCUUUCGGGACCUUCUCCGAGAAGUUGGUCAAGUGAAAUCAGCGGAGUACCAGGAGAUCCGCAUCCCAGACUUCCACAUGCUUUGGGAGGACUCAUGGCGGGACAUGCAGGAGGUCUUGACCACGCAGGGCCUCCCACAGUCAACGGCCACCGACAGGACAACCUGA